GACCAGUUUAAUUUUUCAGUAAACUGCGAUCCCAUUGAGAUCCACUGGAGAGUAUUAAUUAGGUUGAUUUAUAUUGUGAACCUAGACAGGAAGAUUUGGAUGCUUUAGAGAUUCUGGAUAGAGUAAUACCUACAGUGAGGAAACCUAUUUUUAAUUUUUUUUCAUUAUUUAUUUUUUUCCACCAUGGCUAAUGAAGGAGGAUCAUGUCGGACCCCAGCACGAAUCUUAUCGUCAACUAUCUCCCACAAACCCUGUCUGAUGAGGAUUUUAAGGAGAUGUUUGAGAAGAUUGGGCCACUCAAAUCCUACAAAAUUGUCCGUGACAAAGCCACCAACUACAGCUAUGGCUUCGGUUUUGUGGAUUACAUAAAUGCAGAGGAUGCAGAGCGUGCCAUUCAUGAGAUGAAUGGUCAGAAAAUGGACCAUAAAACCAUCAAAGUAAGCCAUGCCAGGAAAAACGACAGCGAGUGUAAGGGGGCCAAUAUCUACAUUGCUAACAUACCAAGGUCAUUUGGAGAGGAGGAGUUGACACAGCAUUUCAGGCAGUAUGGUGAAAUUAUUCAAGUUCGUUUGCUAAGGGAAAAAUCCACAAAUGAGUCCAAAGGGGUUGGCUUUGUAUAUUACACCAAACGGUCAGAAGCUGCAGCAGCCUUGGAAGCAAUGAAUGGACAAACCUUGUUGAAAGGAUAUCCCUCAUUAUCUAUUAAGUUUGCAGACAUAAAUGCUAGGAAGGGUCGCGCCCCUUACCAAAUACAAGUCCAUCAGCCCAAUCUUCGAUACCCAACUCCAGGCAGUAAUCCAUAUAGUGGAGGACCUCAUGGUCCAAUGAGAAGCUCCAACACACGCAUGAGAUUCAAUCCAAUGAGUGGGGGAUACUCCAAUACUAUGGCUGGUGGAGAUAUGGGGGGUCAUAUUCUGUUUGUGUACAAUAUUGGUUAUGAUGCAGAAGAGAAAACAUUAUGGCAGUUAUUUGCUCCUCUUGGAACUGUGACAAAAGUCAAUGUAAUUAUGGAUCACAUAAGGAACCAGUGUAAAGGGUAUGGCUUUGUCACCAUGAAGAAUUUACACGAGGCAGAAGGGGCCAUUUUGGCACUUAACGGGGCCCUGUUUAACAACAGACGGUUGUCUGUAUCUUUCAAAUCAUAACAGAAUAUUUAAAAAUAAAGUUGAGCAUAAUACCGUUCUCUAAAUGAUAGAAGUGAAUUUGACUAUAGAGGUCAAGCUUUGGUGUUAAUGAUUUUUUUUUUUUGGUUUGUUUAUUUUUUACAGUUAUUGUUAUUAGAGAAUGUCAUAGUGUACGGAAGUUUUUAAAUGUACAUAAGUUAACAAUCAUUUUAGUAUGCUUGAGGAUAUGAAUAGAGAGGAAAUCUGUGUCUUUAUGAUGUACAUUUAUUGUGUUGAGAUUUAAGAGGGACUUUCUUUGUUAAGAUUUGAAACAUAACCAGGCCUGUUUUUAUAUGAAAUCCAGAUAAUCACUAUACAAUUUCAAGUUUUACUCGACAGCGUUGGAGUCAAUGUAUGUGUAAUUUCCUUCAUAGCAGCACAUAGGCAUUGUUUGUUUGGAACCUGUGAUUGUGAAGUACUGUUAGAAAAUAAUCCUUGGCCAAAUACAGUGAAAACUGUUGUUGUGUAAUUGUUGUGCAUUUUACCAUUGCUUUUUCUUACAAUAAAUUCACAGUGUAUUUGUCAUAAAGAA